CGCGUUUUGGCGCCAUAGGCCUUCCGUUUUCUGUUGCGGUAGUCGCGUUGUUGGGCUGUAAUAACCACUGUCUACGGUGCCUGGUGUUUGCGAACGGCUUGGAAGGUAUUUUCAGGUUUCGGUGGGGCCCAGAGAGCUGACGACUAGAAGCGCUGGUACGCAGAGCGCUACUCUUUGAUGCAGUGCAGAUACUAAGGCGCAGCGCAAGCGCGGGAGAUAAAAACCCUAUUUUAGUAAGAAUCAAGCGCUGCUAAAACAAUGCCAAACAGGGAAAAUUAUGCAAACGGUGGCAGCAGCAGCAGCGGCGGCGGCGGCGCUAGUGGCAGUGAAGACGGUGCAGCGACAGUGGAUUAUGUGUGUCGUGACUUUCUGCGCAAUGUGUGCAAGCGAGGAAAGCGCUGCCGUUUCAAGCAUCCAGACUCUAGUGAUGUGUCUGAUCUUGGGGUGCAGAAAAAUGAGUUUGUCUUCUGUCAUGACUUUCAAAACAAGGAAUGCGUGCGCAUUAACUGCAGAUUUAUUCAUGGAACCAAGGAUGAUGAAGAGCACUAUAAGAAAACUGGAGAGCUUCCUCCCCGUUUGCGUCAAAAGGUAGCAGCUGGCCUUGGCUUGUCUCCCACUGAUCUGCCCAAUAAAGGUGAGGUUCCCAUUUGCCGUGACUUCCUAAAAGGUGACUGCCAGCGGGGCGAUAGAUGUAAGUUCCGCCACCUACAACGAGAAUUCGAGUACCAAUAUGAAUACCCUUGUGAUAUGCGAGCAGGCGUUAUGAAUACCGGGACGAGUCCUGGAAAUCUGGCUGCGGCCACAGCCCGUGCCUAUGAACAAUAUGGUACUUAUGAGGGCCUUCAGGAGACGGAUUACUACGCUUCCUCAUAUUAUCGCUAUGGUGAGCGCUUUGAUGACCCUGUAAUGAAAAGGAGGCGCGUGGGAUAUGAUGGGUAUUACAAUGCUUCCCCAGUAGAAUACCGUCUCCUGGAGGAAGAGAAUGUUAUGCUACGCAGACGUGUUGAGGACUUAAAGAAGCAAGUUUCAGUCCUGGCUGCAACCAAUGAAGUCCUGCUGGAUCAAAAUGCCCAGUUUCGCAGCCAGGCCAAGGUGGUUACUCUCAGCACACUGAGCACUACAGCUCCAACCAGUGACCAAGCUGUAGGUAGCGUUGCCAACUACAAUCAUGGCAUUGCCCAGACGCACACAACAUUAAGUAGCCAGGCGUUGCAACCACGACCAGUCACACAGCAAGAGCUGGUAGCAUCCUCUGGCGCACCUCCUGCGGCUCAGACAAAUGCAGCCCCUCAGUUGAACCCAGAAAUCACUCCGCUUUCAGCAGCGCUGGCGCAAACUAUUGCUCAGGGCAUGGCUCCUCCCCCUGUUUCCAUGGCACCGGUUGCAGUCUCCGUGGCACCUGUGGCUGUUUCAAUGGCUCAGCCUCUACCCGGUAUUACUAUGAGCCAUGCCACUACACCCAUGGUAACCUAUCCCAUUGCUUCACAGAGCAUGCGUAUAACAGCCAUGCCUCACUGAUCAGCCUCGCAGCUUCUUGCCCAGGCUUUCUGAAUUAAAGCCUAUCUACUGUGGCUUUUACAUUCUUGUUUGCAAUUGUGAAACUCUACCAUUCAUUGUUCUACGAAUUAGAUCUAUGUAUUUUUUGUGACAAGACUAGCCAUAGACAUGUAAUAUGUUUUGAAAAAAAUAAACGUGUAAUUCUAAAUGGCAUCAGGAUCGACUUGUUUUGCUAAAACCAAUUUCUGGAGCAAAGGUCUACUUGCUUUACAUGUUUUCAGAGCCCUUCAGCUGCAGGGUUUCAAGUUACCUUCCUACAAGUAAGCCCAUGUAGGUGUGCACUUCCUUGACUAGUAAGGAAGGUGUCUUAUUGCUGCGCAUAUAAUCACAUUCAAAAUCAAUCUUAAUUUCAAUUUACACCAUAUAUAUAUACAUAUAUACCUAACC